AUGUUGAAAGUAGACGAUUCCCCAGAAAAGACUUACCACGACCUGCGUUCAUGGUGGCAAUCUGAUGGCGCCCACUUUUUUCAAACAGAUUCAUCGCAAAAUGGGGAUGAAGAUGAUGAGGACUGGCUAGAUUUGGAUGUAGCGGAACUGGAAGACCCCAACUUGGAGCCUGAGCCUCGCUGUGAGGGAGGCCCCGCAGAGGAAUCAAGCGAAGAUUCUUGCGAGGCCCAGGAGGCUCUACUAUCGGUGGAAGACCGUGCCAAAGUCCGCGAAGAGAUUGUUGAUCUUCAGAAUCCUUCGCGCGCAGAGGAUGCCACCGAUGCCACAGAUGUGAUCACCGCGUCUGCACCGAAAGAGCCGCAGCAGCCUGCCUCGGACCGCAGCAUAGAGACCUUGCAGGAUAUCUUGGAGCUGGCGCUCGCAAAAGGCACCGAGAAGCUUCAGGUCUUGGCUUCCAAGAUCAGUGACAAGAACACGGAGAUUGUUCCCGCAGUGGUUAUGUCUGUCUACCGUGGAUCUGUGUGCAGGAAGGGCAAGUCCGCCGGCAGAGUGAAAAUCUCGAAGCUGAUGCCAACAGAGCUGCCAAGUGCAUUGGCAGCAAAGGUUCAUGUUGUUGCUCUCAAGUGUGUUGAAGGCUUAGCUUACGAAGCGUCACCCUUGAGCACGGUGCACAUGCUGGAUCCGGUAGUGGCAGUUUUGGGGGAGCUCGAUUGUGUUUCGUUCAGGACAGGCUCUGUCUCGUUGCGGGUGACGCUGAGCGAUGGAUCACAGAAGGCCCUCAAGUCCUUGACAGCCUCCAAGAAAAGGAUGGAUGUGGUUGCAAAGCCACCCGUUGAGGAAACAAAGGUGCCCAAGGAGUUCCUGAGUGCUUGUGAUCUGAGCCGCCCAAACGCGGCGCCACUGAUCUUGAAGUUCAUGCAGUCUUUGCCUGGCCGCUAUGCAGCGUGCAAACAGCGCCUGGUGGAUUCGAAUGGCAUGGUGAAAGUUGGAGGAGUCCAGUGCAGCUACGAUAACCUGGCUGCCAGAACGAGCUCCUGGUUUCUGAAGAGCUUCGCGGACAAGAAGGGCCUUGCGUUCGGAGAGGCCGUGAUCGAGUGCAUCGGCUUAGUGGCCGGUGCCGUGGUCUAUCCCUUGACCUCCAAUGGCAUGCGCUUGGAUGACCCGGUGGACGCGGUUCCGGUGCAUGCGGCCUCGGGCUUCUUCGGUAUCUUGGUGGUGGCCUUCUGCCGCCCCGACUGCAGUGCCCUGCGCGAGAUCGGCUUGAGCGAGGCCCAGCGCAGCUUCUGUGGAGAGGAUCAUCACAUCGGAAAGCAACUCUUGGCCCAACUCUUGGGUGGCGCUGUGUCUUCGACAGCAGAGGGCUUGGAGGUGCCGGGGCGUUUGGUCGAGGUCAUCAUCGUUUGGACGUUCUUGAUCUCCUACGCGUUUUGGCUGCUGCUGGCGGCCGCUGAGUGUGUGAAGUCCUUGGAGUUAGAGCAGGUGAAUCGUGCUGAAAACCUGCUGCGUCAGUUGAAGACCAGUCAGGGGUCAUUGUCAAAGUGCAAGGUGCACCAGGAUUUGGAAUCAACGGCGCAUUUGUCACGCACGGUUCGCCGAGCAUUGAAGGAGCACGGCUGGACGGGCACUGGCUUUUUGACCGGACAGCCACAAGAUCUGGUAAGUCUCCUGACGAAGUUGCAACAAGCUCAAUUUGGCUCGUUGGACACGGCCUUAGAACUCGAGGCUCGCGAACGGCCGGGUUUCUUAGUGCGUUGCUGCCAACCCUGGUGGCUUUGUCGUGAGAUGGCCGUCGCACGCUUGCGGAUCCACCCCUGGGCUGCACCUUGGCCGGGUGGUGUGUGGAAAAGCGCGGCGGGAGGACCUCUGUUGUUCAAGGACAUGAGGUUGAAGGACCCGACUUUUCGACUUUUCGGCGCGGUUGAGGCGACGGGUCCUAGUUCAGGUCACUUAAACAAUAUAACUAGCUUUUUUGAAUCGGGUUCCUUUUGA